AAUACAUUAUUUAAGAAAGUAUAAUGGAUGGUAUAUUACUUAUUUAGUUUUUGUUCAGGUAUCUUCCAGGUAAAGUUUCUGCUUCAAGUUACAAUUUAAUAUAAUGUUAAUUUUCAAAAACAUAAAACACUGAAAAUUAUGUUUGAUUAAAAUAUCUCAUUCUUCACUAUGGUAUCUGUCCAGAAACCACUUUUCCUGUCCUUGACCUUGACCCUAGAUGAUGCAAAAGCAAUCCAAACUGGGGUCUCCACAUAAGCUUGCUAUACAAACUUAAAUGACAAUUGAUAUCUCAUUCCAAACUAGUUUUUGUCCUGAAACCAUGAAGUGGACCGACCGACAGGUGGACAGACGGACUGACAAACUCACGCCUAUAAACCCCCAAAACUUCAUUUGUGGGUGUAUAAUAAAUAAAUAUUUAUUCAAUAACUCUUUAAUCAUUUCAUUAUCUGCCUUAAAUAUUAAAUCCUUUUCUUUGUUCUAUUGAUGGAAUUUUUAAAAGUCAUAAGUGCCUGAAAAAUCUAUGCUAAUUUAAAUGCUCAUUAUACAUGUAUAUAACUCAUUGCUUCAUCACAAGAUUUGUAUUGUUUUUUAUUGAUACACAAUAAAGUUUAUUCAUACACAAAAAGGCCAUGGAUGCUUUUCUUUAGAUAUUUAUAUACACUUAGAACAACUAAUACAAGACUUUAGUACAAUGUGUGUAUUGUGUUUAAAGUCAAACACUUGACAGGUUUUUGAAUCAUUUCUAGUGAUACAGAAUGAAGAUUAUUUAGACAGUAAAAAUCCUUCAAAACAGAAUUUAUAAAGACAACAUAAGUAAGUUUUAAAGGAAUAAUUAUAGUAAUACUGAAAAUAAAUCACCAUAUUCUUUACUGGUAUAUGACUAUGGACAUAUAAUUAUUUUGUAUACCAGCAUCUAUAUAAGUUUUCUAAUGAAAUACCAUGAACUGACAUUUAUCAACAACCACAAAAAUAAACACUAGUUAAUGCCCCAUGUCUGAAAAACCUUAUUUAUAUGACUAUAAUUAUUUUUCUGAUGAAAAUAUGUCAUUUAUCUCUAAGAGCAUGAUUUUACAUGCAACAUUCCUUUUAAAUUAUUUGUUGUCUUAAUAAAUACUUUAUUGAUUAAAUACAUGGAACUUCAUGUUAAAUUUUUAAUAAGGGAAAUAAUCCAAUUAUAUUUCACAACAACAGGAAGAGGAAGUGAGUUAUUCCCCUUCUAACUAAUUUCAGUAAAAACCAAAACAGGAAGUAAAAAUUGUAAAAUUUCCUCCUUUCUUGUCAAACAGAAAGUCAAUACCAUUUUUGGAUUAUUUUCAAGACUUAGUGUCAAAUUCAACUAUCAAAAAUGUUUCAAGAACAUGACCACAGAGAAAACCUAUCAUUGGCUUUAUCAGAGGUUUUAGAUGACAUUGGUGUCAAUGAAAGAAUGGUGAUGAGAAGGAGAAGACAUUUCAUGCUGGAGGAGACUAUGAGGAAUAUCCCACAUAGGUUAACUGAUACAAACGUAUCUGUAUAUUAUCUAGGGAGUCGGAGUGAAGGUACAACUACUAGAGGACUUGAUUCAGACAUUGAUGUACUAUUCUGUUCUCAUGAAUUCAAUAUAAUACAAAACUGGUCAGAGUGGAAACAUGGCAAGUUAAACUAUCUCAUGCUACAGGAUGAGAACACUACCCUUGGUUAUUGUUUCUUACAACUGCUCCGACCUGAUAUACCUCUCCCUGUUACAGUAAUUCCUAUUGAACACUAUAUAAGAGACAGAAGUGGAAGGGUAUUGUAUAAAAACACAAUAUUUAAUGGUGCCAUUCCGGAUGCUGUAAGUCAUGGACCAUCAAAUGCUAGACAAGGACAGCAUGGAUUCUGUGAUACAGACACUGUGCCAGCUUUUUCAUGUAACUCCUGGCCUCAAUCAGCAUCUGGUUGGUUAGAGAGACAAGAUAUACGUAGAUGGCCAACACAAGACAUGAGAAGAUAUGCUGCCAGUACUGGGUGUUUUGUUGUCCCAACUGGAAGUAAGGUCAGUCAAUAUCCUGAACUUGAAUGGAGAAUAUCUACAUCACUGGCAGAAAAACAUCUUAUGUUAAAUCUAAAUAUAACACAAAUAAGGUGCUAUGUAUUAUUGAAAAUGAUUCUUAAAUCCUUCCUUAAUCCUCAAGGGGAAAUCAACAUAUCAAGCUUCAUGAUGUAA